CAAUGGAAGAAGAAAAAACAAAACCAUGAAAACAACUGAAAAGGCGAAAGGGCAUGUGAGCAUUGUCGGUGAAUGAUGACCCAUUUGCAUAUGAUAGUUCCACAUUUGCAUCAACUAUUGAACUGGGGUCACUUUCUUCCUACUGUUAGCAUUUCUCGACUCGUUAAAUCCCACCCCAAUGCGCACUUUUCUCCUUGUAGUUUGUCCUUUUCUUUCAUUCUUCCACUUGAAAAUAAUUCCUUGCUGAUUCUUUUCUCUUUUUUUUAUCUUAAAAGGGUAGCCUUUAUUUGUGGAGUUGAGUUGUUAGAUUCUUCUGUGUCAGCAGUGCAAGAAUAAGAAAUGGAUUCAAUGAUGGUGAACUUCAACUAAAAUUACUUGCUUUGCUUGCAUCUGGGCGUUCAUUAGAUUUUUUUUUUUUUUUUGGAGUGAUGCUUUGUCUAAAGGCAGAAGCUUUGGAUGAAGACCAGCAUCCUCAAAGUCCUAAUGAUAACAGCACCAAUGGGAAUGGAAAUUGCACUGGUGGUAAUAAUGGGGGUUUUAUUUUGCCAAUCAACUGGGCAAGCUCUAUUAAUAGAUAUUUACACUGGAAAAGUGGCAAGGUUUGGAGCAGGUCAUUUUCAGCUGGGGAUGACCCUUUUAACUCCUGUUCUGAGUUGGAGGAUACUAAGCCCCAGGAAAGCAUUGGGCGAGAGAAAAGUGAGCAGAUGUGUCAUUAUAAAUACCAGCUUGAACAAGAAGUUAAAAAGUUGCAGCAGCAAUUGCAGGAAGAGACUGAUUUGCACUUGGCUCUAGCAAGUGCUGUUGAACACUCUGGUUCACCUUCUUCUAAUUCUCCAGGCAAGCUUCCAGAUAAGGCCCAGGAGCUUUUAGAUAGCGUAGCUGUUCUGGAGAUUACAGUAUCAAAGCUUGAGCAGGAAUUUGUUUCUUUACAAUAUCAGCUUAGUCAGGAGAGAAAUGAGCGACGUCUUGCUGAGUACCGUUUAAACCAUUUUCCAUAUCCCACAACAUCACUUUUCGAUCGCACUUUGGCUUACUUAACAGAACCAAUUGCAAGGCCUUGCAAUGAAGAGGAAGCAGAAGAAAACAUGGAUGAUAUAUCGCCAUCAGAGGCUGCUAUUGUUGACGGUUUUAUUGUGGAGAACCUUUGGCAUCAUCCCAAUCAGCUAUCUGAAGAAAUGGUCCUGCGUAUGAGAGAUAUUUUCAUCUUCUUGGCAUAUUCAUCCAAGCUUUCUUCAGAGUAUUUGGUGUCACCAGCUUCUCCUCACUGUCCCCUUGCCAAAAUUUUGGCAUCUUUCUCAGGCUCACCCAUUGCAACUUCCUUAGUAAGGAGUCCCUCGGGAGGUGGUGCGAAUGAUCCAUAUGGAGUCUCUGGCAAAGAUGACUGGACAUGUUGUAUCGGGAUCUACAGCACAGCAGUUGAAGUCUCAUGGUUUUCUGUUGGGAACAAAGAACUUGAAUAUGCUGCUAUGGCUCUAAAAAGAUUCAGAUUGCUUGUUGAGCAGUUGAACAGAGUGGAUCCAUCUCAAAUGAGUUACAACGAGAAGCUGGCAUUUUGGAUUAACCUGUAUAAUGCUUUGAUUAUGCAUGCAUAUUUAGCAUAUGGAGUUCCAAGAAAUGAUAUCAAACUAUUUUCCUUAAUGCAGAAGGCUGCAUACACUGUUGGAGGACUCUCAGUGAGUGCAGCUGACAUAGAAUGCACUGUUCUAAAAAUGAACCCUGCUACUUAUCGACCACAAAUUGCUGCGGUUCUUGCACUUCAGAAAUUCAAGGCUUCUGACGAGCAGCAGAAGUAUAUAAUUGAUCAUCCUGAGCCUCUUCUAUAUUUUGCCUUAAGUAGUGGGUUGCAUUCGUCGCCCGCUGUGAGGAUUUUCAGGCCUGAAAAUGUGAAUGAGUUGCUAAAAAGGUCAAUGAAAGAUUACAUCCAGGCAUCUGUUGGUAUUAAUAACAAAGGGAAAGUAUUGGUGCCUAAAUUGUUGCAUUGUUUUGCCAAAGGAGUUGUGGAAGACUCACUUCUACCCGAUUGGAUUUGUCAGUUCUUAUCGCCACAGCAAGCUUCCAUGGUCAGAGACUGUAUAUCACGUAAUAAGUGGAGGCUUCUUGGUGCUCGAAGCUUCUCUGUCUUACCUUUCGAUUCAAGGUUUCGCUUUCUCUUCCUAUUGGAUGAUCGGAACUCCCUUUCCUCUGCAUGAUAAGACCAGCCACCCUUCAAAAGU